AUGACGACAUCUGAAACACUGUACUUCGUUUCUCAACAAUUGAAUAUCUACUGGGGCUUGACCAUGUUCAUUCUUGGUAUUAUUGGUGCUAUAUGGAAUAUUCUAACUUUUCAUCAUCACACUCUUCGUUCCAGUUCAUAUUGCACCUAUCUACGAUUUGCCUCUGUUGCUAGUUUGAUACAAAUCCUAUUCAGUCUAUCCGAUCGGAUCAUUUAUGCUGGAUUUGACAUUCCUUGGACAGCGACUAAUGUAGCAUGGUGCAAAAUUCGUUAUUUCUCUGCACAUUGUACAUCGUUGAAUGCUCUAUCCUUUCUGGUCUUUUCAGCUAUCGAUCGAUUCUUUUCGACCUGUGACGAAAUCAAAUGGCGUCGUUUGAAUUGUGCUUCGGUUGCCAAACGCGUUUGUAUCUUUACAAUCGUAUUCUGGACGAUACUGACUAUUCCAACGUUAGUCUAUGCAAAGCCAGUACAAAUCAAGCUGAAUAGAUAUUCGUGUGAAAACACAUCUUGGAUCUGGUCACAAAUCGCCGUUUUCUUUUUCAGUCUUUGUUGUUACGGGAUAUUUCCAUGGUUUUUCAUGAGCUUAUUCGGAUUCUUAACCUGGAAAAAUCUUCGUCGGAUUCAUCAUCGUCGAAUAUGCAUUGCAUCUUCAGGUAUUGUCACUCGUAAAGCACGUAUCGAUGAUCAACUUGCAUCGAUGUUAUUCCUCCAAAUCUUCAUUUGUAUUUUAUCAUCCAUUCCAUUUUGUAGUCAGAAUAUUUACUCCAGUGUAACUCGAACGAUGGAUAAAACUGAGUUGCGUCAAGCACAGGAGUACCUGUAUCUUCAAAUAGCUCGUUUAGCAUUCUAUUUCAAUUAUAUCUCCACCUUUUAUGUCAACUAUUUGUCCUCGGCAAUCUUUCGGCAAGUAUCAAGACAAGUCCUUCGAAAUUUAUUUAAAAACAAAGAGAACUUAUCUCGGCAAGCGACUAUGGUUAAUCAUCAAGAACCGAGAACACAAUGA